AUGAGCACUGAGUGGAGGUCACCGUUAAAGCUCAACAUUGUGAUAGUUUUAUGAGUAAAAACGGGAUCCGGGGUUUAUUUACGGUCCGAGCUCGUGCUAAAGUGUGCGCAGCACCGUCAUAAAUAUGUAACUGUAGAGUGCUUCUCAGCAGUCACUCUGUCUGGCUGCCUUCUCGCCUUUAGGCCAGACCUGUCCUGCCUGCUGUGCUGCUCUUCCUAAAUGCUACACUAAUUUAGAGCAACUCCAUUCGGCCCAUCCCUCUCCCCCACGGCUGACAAUAACACGGAGAAAACAGCCCAUGUGUAGCAGGAUGGGCACAUUUGUGACCCUGACGGAGGUGCUAGAGGCCCGGGGUUCACCCCUGGAAGAGGACGAAGUCUGGUGUCUGCUGCUGGCCACCGCUGAUGCCUUACUGGACAUCUCCAAAAAAGGUCCAGGUAAUAUGUGUACUGUGUUGAACCCUGGCUCAGUGCUACUGUCAGCCAAUGGGAGCCUGGCCUUCAAGAGCUGCGCACGAAGUGAAGACGUGGCUUCUUACACAGCUCCCGAGGUCCAGCAGGGUCUCACUCCUUCCACCAGGGCUGCUGCUGAAAAGGUGGUAGUAUACUCACUGGGAAUGACUCUUUACUGGUGCGCUGAUUAUCACCUACCUCAGAAUCAGCCAGUCCAGAUAAGCGCAGAGCUGGAGGGUUUGCUGCUGAGCAUGUGUGAGGACAUGGCGGUGAGGAGGACCGACCUGCUGACGGUGCUGGAGACCUGCGAGUUCCAUCACAAGUCCUCCAUGCUGCCAUCCCCAGAGCGCCUCAUCAGGCAGCUGGUAGAGGACGUCUACAGAAACUCGGCCGACCACGUGGCCAUGACCGAAAACGGAUCCCAGCUAACAGACCGCAGUCAGAUGGUCAGGGAUAGAUUACACAGAGGUUCUUUCAGUAACUCGACAUGGACCCUAAAAAAGAAGAUCCACAGAACCUUUUCAGGAACAUCUUAUCCAGCUGAUACUACAGGGAUUCCCUCGGGAGGUCGACUCAGAGAAAGUUAUCCCAGGUGGCAGCAUCUGACCCGUACCCCCAGCAGCCCAUACAUGGAUGGCAGUCGAACUACCAGUGCAAGAUCCCUGCCGCAGUUCGAGUCCGCAAUGAGUUUCAAUGAUAAGAAAAUGAAAGACAUGGGUCCUGAGUUUCUCAGAGUUUUAGAGGAACCCCUUGUCGUUUUGGAACUGCCUGGAUCCAUCCUGACAAAGAAAGGGAAAUCUCCAGCCACCCAUAGAGAGCUCAGUGUGGUGAUGCCAAAUGGUCAAAGCAUCCUGGUCAAGUGUGAAGUGAAAACCAGAGGAGGGGAUGUGUUUGACAUGAUUGUGGCUCAUUCAAACCUCAUGGAACACUUCUAUUUUGGCCUUGCAUAUAUAGAUGAUAAUGAGUUUUUCUUCGUUGAUAAUGACACCAAGAUUUCCAAAGUGGCUCCAGAUAGCUGGAAGAAAGUGCCUACAACAACUUUUGUCCUUUUCUUCAGGAUCAAAUUCUUUGUGAACAACAUUUCUCUUCUUUUGCACAAACAGACCCGUCACCAGUACUACCUCCAGCUUAGGAGGGACCUUUUAGAAGACAGACUGUCCUGCCAUGAGGAGACUGCUCUGUAUCUGGGAGGUCUGGCCUUGCAGACAGAGUAUGGAGACUGCAUGCCUGAGGUGUACGGUAGAAACUACUACCGACCUGACCAGUACGUCUCCAAGAGUGUGAUGGAGAAACGUGCCUUGCCUUACAUUCAGGCAGAGCUGCUGAGACUUCAUGCCAAUAGCGCCCAAAUGCUCACAGAUGAAUCAGAACUUGAAUUCCUGAAGGUUUGUCAGCAGUUGCCUGAAUACGGCGUCUUGUUCCACCGUGUGAUACGGGAGAAAAGGCCUUCAGACGGAGAAGUUGUUCUCGGAGUUUGUGCCAAAGGUGUUAUUGUCUACGAGGUUAAAGAUGGCUGCCGGUCCACUGCUCAGAAUUUCUUCUGGAGGGAGACGGCUACCAUCUCCUCUAGCAAGCGAAAAUUUAUAAUAGAGUCCCGGGGCAGCCGGAAGAAAUACAUCUUCAUCACGGAGAGGUCCAGGAUAGCCACGUACUUGUGUAACCUCUGUUCUGCCCAGCACAAGUUUAACAAUGAGAUGAGCUCCCGGCAGCUAAGCCACAGCCUGGUCUCAGAGGACAACAUUGUGCAGUACGCAGCUGUGUGCCGCACUCAGAGCAGCCAGCUCAAGUCCAUUUCGUGUUCCGAGACGCCCCAGGACGACAGCGGCCUGACCACGCCGCAGGAAGAGUCUCUGACCAAGCUGUGUGACGACGUCGCGGCCAGAAUCGAGGCCCGUGUGAAAAAUCACAGCAGCACCUGCUCCAGCAGCCAGCGCAGCAGCACAGGUUUACUCUCUCCACCCGGUUCCCAGAGGAGCGGGUCGGAGGCCCAUUCCGGAUCCCCGGCAGCCCGAGGCACAGCGUCUUCACUCUUACAGCCCAGCUUCAUGUGCUUGUGUGCUUCUGCUCUAGUCAGCCAGUAGUUUCCUUCAAGAGAAUUUUGUGUCUCCUCACUCAUUCAGAGCGAUUUUUCCUUUUGGCUAAUGGUUGGUCGUAUCACUCGUCCAACAGAAACACCGCCUAAACUGGGGACUCCUUCGGAAAGGGAAGUCAUCUGUGUUUCACUGAAGAAAGACCCAAAACUAGGCUUGGGUAUAGUUAUAGUCGGAGAGGACACAAUAGGCCGCUAUGACUUGGGCAUUUUUAUCGCCUCCAUUGUGCCUGGAGGACCUGCAGACAAGGACGGACGCAUCAGACCCGGGGGUCGCCUGAUAUCCCUGAACCACGUCAGCCUGGAGGGCGUCACUUUUAGCGAGGCAGCAGAGGUCAUGGAGGACAGCCCUGAGGAAGUGCAGCUCAUUGUCUCUCAGCCUAAAGUCCCACUAAGUCCCCUCAACGUUCGCUCUCCUGUAAUGAGAAAAUUUGGGUCCCAGACUACGCUGAUGACAGACGGACGUUCAGGAGACGAUAGCCUCAGUUCACAGGAUAGAGCCAUCAUGAUGACACCAUUUAGUGGACAUAUUUUAUUUAUUUUCAAGGUCCUUGUGUUUUAUUUGCCUCAGGACGGCUGCCCUAUACCUCCAUCUCUGAACUGUGUGGAGCCAGAGGAGAUCUCUGUGGAGCUCAGGAAGAUCUCUGGAAACCUGGGCAUCAGCAUCUCGGGUGCAGCAAACACUAACAUUCAAAACAGGGGAAUCUACAUCAAGAGCCUCGUUCCCGGAGGGGCAGCAGAGAGAGACGGACGUUUACACACAGGCGAUAGAAUUUUGGAGGUUGAUGGGAUUAACUUUCAUGGCUUCACCUACCAGCAGGCCGUGGAGUGUCUGGGUAAAACCGGGGAGGUGGUCUACUUUGUUGUGAGACGGGAGUCAGUCAACCUGCCUAAGGUUUCUGUUAUUGCUGACACAGACAGCAUGGUGUCCAAUCAGAGAGUUCGUCAAACCACCAGCCAUCUGAGACUCAGCAGCUCGUCAUCCUUCAGCUCUCCCACAAGCACAAGGUCUGACCGUUCCAGAGACUACAGCUUCGUCACUGAGGAAAAUGUUAAGGAGGUGACUCUGACCAAAGACGUCAACGGUCUGGGAUUUAGCUUCCUGAUGUGUGAGCUGGACCCACCCACCAAGGACUUCAGCAGCCUGGUCCGGAUAAAGCAGCUGUUCCCUGGCCAGCCCGCCGAGCAAAGCGGCAGAAUUCUGGAGGGAGACGUCCUGCUGGCUAUCAACGGCCAGUCGCUAAAGGAGCUGUCCUAUCUAAAAGUGCUAAAGCUGUUCAAGAAUUCCCCAGCUGAAGUGAGGCUAACUCUCUGUCGGCCGUCGCCAGGUACAAACAUCGAACAUCAUCUUGAAAAAGAUCCACCCGUCAACUUCCCUAACUCCUCUUGUUUCUGCAGGGAUUCUCCCUUCCAUGGACCAUUUCGCCGGCACCUGAUCCACCUUUAGAGCUUCACAUCAGCACUGACGUUUUGAAGCAACAUCAUGCUUUCAGAUGAAGCAGGAGGUGGUGAUGGAUGCUGAAGGCUUAAGGUUGUUCUGACCUGUUAGCAGAUUGCUGCUGGCACUGUGAAAAGUGAGGAUAGCAGAGGACGGGAAACUUGGAGAGUUUUCUGCCAGGUGCCGAUACAAUCUAGAACCUCACAGUGUGUCUGAGGAUAGAGGAACCUGAUUCCAGGAAACAUCAUGACUGAAAGAAGAAGUAGUCCAACACAGAAGUUUCCACCAAGAGAAGAAAACUGAAGUGACAAGAACAAAACAUUGUUUAAAACAUUGCCUUAGUGGGCUUACAUUAUGUAACCAAACAAAAAUAAAAGCUACUGA